UCGUUCAACAAAUUGCCGUCACUCCUCUCUGCGCAACUUCAACAUCCAAUUAGGGUUUUCACUUUCACCAGAGAGCAUCACCAUGGGUGUCUUCACAUUCGUCCUCAACAAAACCGGCGCCGAAUGGACCGCAAAGCAAUACUCAGGCGACAUCGAAGCCUCCGCUGAAUCUACCUUCGAGAUCCAACGGAAACUUGUUCAAGCUGCUCUCGCUGUUGAUUCCAACGGUGGUGUUCAGUCCUCUUACUCUCCCAUCUCUCCUUCCUCUGGUGUCUUCCAGGUGGUUGUAGGUGGUGCAGUUUUUGUUGGAGGUGGUGCUGCAGCUGCUGCUCCCGCAGGAGGUGCUGCACCAGCUGAUGAUGCCCCUGCUGCCGCAAAGAAAGAAGAAAAGGUCGAGGAAGAGGAGGAAGAUGAUGAUAUGGGAUUCUCACUCUUUGAUUAGAGUUUUCUAGUUUUGUUUUUUCAGUUUUGAUGGAAAAGGGAUUUAGUAUUCAGACUUAUGAAUUGUAUUUGUGUAUUGGUUUGCACUUGUUAUUCAUACAAUUCCUCAGAUAUAGUUUUGUGCUGCAAUUCUGUAUUCCGUUUUUACUAAUGCAACUUUUUUAAAGAAUUUCUUGUUUGUAUUAGAUUUCAUAAUAAAAACUUUUUGUUGAUGUCGUCAA